UGUGAUUAACAAGGGUAUGACUAAUAGAUUGUCACAUGGUUACUUCUAGUUUGGGAAAUGCUGCUUAAACUUUCAGUGACUUUAAAAGUGGUAUAACUCUAGUUUUGCAUCUGUGCUGUAAAAGCAAGAGUAACAUUUUUAUAUUAAACAAAGUUAUAGCUUUUAAGAAAGGUUCUGGAAGAUAUGACACAAAGCUGCUAGCAGCAAAUCAAGAAACGGAUUAAAAGAAGAAAGGUGUUCUGAGCAGACAUAAAAAGUAUUUUAUAAUCAGUGCUAAUGAUAUCUAAUUAUAUUGUUGUAAUGAUCGGUUUUAUGAGUAGACAUAAAAAGUGUUUCAUAAUUGGUGCUAUUUUAAUAAUAUCUAAUGUUAUUACUGUACUAAUAGUUAAACCAACUCCAGAUUCUCAAAGAUUUUGCCCAUAUGAUUGGAUUGGUUUCCAAAACAAAUGCUAUUAUUUCUCUAAAGAAGAAGGAGACUGGAAUUCAAGUAAAUACAACUGUUCCACUCAACAUGCUGUCCUAACCAAAAUUGACAGCAACGAAGAAAUGGAUUUUCUUAGGCGACACAAAUGCAGUUCUGAUCACUGGAUUGGGCUGAAGAUGGCAAAAAAUCGAACAGGACAAUGGGUAGAUGGAGCUAAAUUUGAGAAUUCGUUUGUCGUGAAAGGGAGUGAAGGAUGUGCCUACCUCAGUGACAAUGGUGCAGCAACAGCUAGAUGCUACACAGAAAGAAAAUGGAUUUGCAGGCAAAAAAUACACUAAGUUAAUGUCUUAGAUAACAGGGAAACAAAAAGUAAGAUUAUUAAGGAUGAAACAAACAAGAAUUGUUUUAAUUAAACAAAGUUGAAGUUUUGUAUCUGUCUGGUUAAUUUAUUCCUAUGAAUCAGGCUACACAUAAAACCCACUUCAAACACUGGCAAAAA